AUGGCACCCAAGCGCGCGCCGCUCCUGCUCCUGCUCCUGCUCCUCCUCCUCCUCCUCCUCCUCCUGCCGCUGCUCAUCCCGCGGGCGCGCGCCGCCGCGAACCCGGACCCGGCGCCGUGCCACCCGGACGACCUGCGCGCGCUGCUUGCCUUCGCCGGGAACCUCACGUCGGCGGCGGACGCCCUCCUCUGGCCCUCCUCCCCUCCUCCGCCCCCGGGUGCUGCGCGUGGGACGGCGUUUCCUGCGACGCCGGCGGCCGCGUGUCCGCAUUGCGCCUCCCGGCCCGAGGCCUCGCGGGCCCGCUCCCGUCCCCGGCGCUCGCGGCGCUCCCGUUCCUCCGGGACCUCGACCUCAGCCGGAACGCGCUCACGGGCGCCGUCGCCGCGGCCCUCGCCGCCUUGCCAGGGACCAUCCGCGCCGCUAACCUCUCCUCCAACCUCCUCCACGGCGCGCUUCCGGGGGCCCCUCCCGGACCACCUCGACGCCCUCGACGCCAGCAACAACUCCAUCUCCGGCCCCCUCGCGCCCGACCUCUGCGCCGGCGCGCCCGCGCUCCGCGUACUCGACCUCUCCGCCAACCGCCUCGCCGGCGCGCUCCCAUCCUCCACCACCCCUCCGCCCUGCGCCGCCACGCUGCGGGAGCUCAGCCUCGCCAACAACGCCUUCAACGGCGACAUCCCCGCCGCGCUCUUCGACCUCACUGCCCUCCGCAAGCUCUCCCUCGCCGGCAACCGCCUCACCGGGCCACCUCACCCUCGCCUCGCCGGCCUCAAAGACCUCACCUUUCUCGAUUUGUCCGGGAACCGCUUCUCCGGCGACCUCCCCGACGCGUUCGGCGGCCUCACGUCGCUCGAGAACUUGGCCGCGCACUCCAACGCCUUCACGGGCCCGCUGCCGCCGUCGCUGUCGCGGCUCUCGUCUCUCCGUGUUCUUGAUCUCCGGAACAACUCCCUCUCCGGUCCGGUCGCUACCGUCAACUUCUCCGGGAUGCCGUCGCUUGCUUCCGUCGACCUUGCCACGAACCAGCUCAACGGCACGCUCCCUGUCAGCCUCGCCGGCUGCAGAGAGCUCAAGUCGCUCAGCCUCGCCAGGAACAGUCUGACGGGCCAGUUGCCGCAGGAUUAUAGCCGGCUCGUCUCGCUGUCGAUGCUCUCGCUGUCCAACAACAGCCUGCACAACAUCUCGGGGGCGCUCAGCGUGCUCAGUGCCUGCAGGAACCUCACCACGCUGAUCCUCACCAAGAAUUUCGUCGGCGAGGAGCUGCCGGACGAUGGCGUUGUUGGGUUCGGCGGCUUGGAGGUGCUGGCCCUUGGUGAUUGUGCUCUGAGGGGAAAGGUUCCGAAAUGGCUGACUCAAUGCAAGAAGCUGGAGGUGCUUGAUCUGUCGUGGAACCAAUUGGUUGGUACCAUCCCGUCAUGGAUUGGCGAGUUUGAGUACCUGAGCUACUUGGAUCUCUCCAACAAUACCUUGGUUGGUGAGAUACCAAAGAGCUUGACACAGCUCAAGAGCCUCGUUGCUGUCACGCAGUCACCGGGUAUGGCGUUUACUAGCAUGCCAUUGUAUGUGAAGCAUAACAGAAGCAUUAGUGGCCGGCAGUACAACCAGCUCUCAAACUUCCCACCGUCACUGAUCCUGAACAACAACCGCCUGAAUGGGACCAUCUGGCCUGAGUUUGGAAACCUGAGGGAGCUGCAUGUCCUGGAUCUGAGCACCAAUUUCAUAUCUGGGAGCAUUCCUGAUUCGCUGUCGAGGAUGGAGAAUCUGGAGGUUCUUGACCUUUCAUCCAAUAAUCUCAGCGAUCCCAAAUGGAGGGCAGUUCUGACGUUCUCCAACUCGAGCUUUGAGGGUAAUCCUGCUUUGUGCAAAGCAAGUUCCUGCAACCCAAUUCUGUCUAGGGGAACUCCUAGGGACACGGAUGUAAAACCUGCUGCAUCAAGUAUCAGGAACAGGAAAAACAAAAUACUUGGGGUGGCCAUCUGCAUUGGUCUGGCCCUUGCAGUAUUUUUAGCUGUUAUUUUGGUGAACAUGUCAAAGAGGGAGGUCACCGCUAUUGAUUAUGAAGAUACCGAGGGCUCCUGUCAUGAAUUGCGCCCUGUGGAUGUGUCCAAGUUCAAGGGAUCCAGGGACCUGAUCUCCUGGGUUCUUCAGAUGAAGUCUGAGAAGAAGGAAGAGCAGAUUUUUGACAGCCUGAUAUGGAGCAAGACGCAUGAGAAGCAGCUGUUGUCUGUCCUCGAGACGGCGUGCAAGUGCAUCAGCACUGAUCCUCGGCAGCGGCCGUCAAUUGAACAAGUUGUGAGCUGUCUUGACAGCGUGUGA